AUGCAGGCUGUCCACUACGAACAGCAUGCUGCCCCUGGGGAGUCGCCUGCCUACACCGACCAUCGUGCGCCGCCUCAGGAACCCUCCCCUCGGAGCUCGGUUCCUAAGAACGUCGCCUUUGAGCUACUUCUCGAUGAGAACUCCAAGGUCCGGGCCCGCAUACCGAUGCGGGUACAGAUCUAUCCUCAUGACACAACGGAUUCCAUUGUGACUACGGUUAAGAAUUUUUACGGCAUCUACGACGGUGCUGCGAGCGGUGUCAGCUUCGAAGAUGAGCAAGGUAUCACCCUCAUUGCCAGGUAUGAGAAUCUACGGAACAACAUGACUGUUUAUGUGCGGGUUAUCCCCGUCCAGGCGUACACAGAGGGCUACGGCGAUCGCUUUUAUGGGCACCUUCCAGCCGAUGCCCGCAAGCGUCCCAGCUUAGGGGAGCCCUUCCAGAUGCCGCCGGCCAUGCCGCCGGCGCAGGUCUUGGAACACGGCCAACCACCUUCUCGGCCGGCGUCGCGGCUGGCUCGGAAACGCAGUAUAUCCCCGUCUGGUCGCAGCCGUCGUAGCGCAUCCCAGAACAAGCAGUCGUCUCGGGUAGGCAACAAGAGCAGAGGCUCGAGCACUCAUGGCAGCUUCCACGAGGAGGGUACCCCUGGUUAUAGCGAUAGUGAGGGUGGCUACUCUGGGACGAAGAAGUCCCGAACCGAGCAGUUUGGCAGCUCAGAUAUCAGCAUGGAAAACAUCCUCCAAGAUGGCCGCCGGAAGCGGCCCAAGUUUGAAAGUUCGGAAUUGCCUUUGUUCGUUCCUCCCCAGGUCCCGCUUACAACCUCCACGUCGUCGAUCUCGCCCCAACGCCGGUCAAUCGGUCAGGAAGGGGCCAUCUCACCUUUCGCACGUCCCACCCAGCGCCCAUACAACCAACAACCAUUGCCGUCUCCACAGAGCUAUGGAUACAAUGAGCAAAUCUAUAACGUCAAUCCGGUGCGCAAUCCGGUGUACGCUACCCCUGUGGUUCCUGAGCAUGGCCACCGGCUGCGCGACCGAGCCACGACCCAGUCUUCUGGUGGGCAGUAUAGCAACCAGGCUGGUCGGGGCGGCGGCCCGGGCAUCCUCCCCACCCCGGAUCCUACCAUUGCCAGCUGUAUCUCUGACGAGGAUGUUGCUAUGCAAUUGAUUCGUCUGGGAGACGCAUCUAAUUUCUCGCAUGGCCGUACUUCUGCCUCCACGCUUGAUGAUGCCUUCAGCGGUGCCGCCGAUGCUGCAUCGUCGACGGGCGCAACCAGCGAUGGUGAUGACUACAGCGAUGAUGACGAUGAUCUGCCCGCUCGGUCCAAGCAGCGGCUCGACUCCAGCCCCAUGCUCCCACCCGGUGCCACCAAGCACACACACAAGCAUCUGGACGAUAUCCUUCCCAGCUUUGACAGCUCUGAUGGAAGUUACGACGGCUACGAUGAGGAUUACCAACAUGAAGAGUUGAACGACACCUUGGUGAGGCAUGAUAUGGAGGAGGAUACGCUCUACCGGGACGCUCCCAAGUCCAAGAAGGCGAAGACUCGGCCCACCCAUGCUGCCACCUCCACCAAGGCGCGCGGGCCCAAGCCAGCACCCGUGCGUCCGAAUAAGAGCAGCAAGCCAGCGGCUAAUGGGGCCGCCGCCCGUAAAGUCAAGGCGACGUCUACCACGGCGACUCAGAAAACGGCGGUAUCACCGCAGAUGAUGAGCCCUGUGCCGGUCCGCAAAACCUCGACUUCGUCCGUCAACUUCCAGCACCAGCUCGCCGCCGACGAGGAGGACUUGUCGACCAAGCCGCGUUGCCAACGAUGCCGGAAGAGCAAGAAGGGCUGCGAUCGGCAACGCCCUUGCGGCCGAUGCAAGGAUGCUGGCAUCGGCAUCGAAGGGUGCAUCAGCGAAGACGAAGGAAACGGUCGCAAAGGCCGCUAUGGUCGCCACAUGGGGGUCCCUGUCAAGAAAGCAUUCGACGCCACUCCGAAUGGAGUCGAGACGCAAUCCAUCGUGGCCGCUAUUCCGGUGACCACGGCGGCUAGCGUGGAUAAGAACAAGAAGCGCAAGCGUUAG